CAGUCAUUAGAACUGAGUCACAACAACCCAACAAUACCGUAUCUGCCGAUAACAACAGCUCUAAUAGGAGAACGAUUUAGAAUAAUUGAACUGUAAUAACAAUAAUAAUAAUAAUAAUAAUUUCACGACCGUUAAUAGUACGUGUUAAUUACGAGUGAUUUUUCAUUCAGAUUGCCAGAGACCGCCGACAUCACGCCAUGGCCGCUGUACUCAAUAACCGACCUAAGUUUGAAGAAAACAACAAACCAUCCACAAUGCGAACUCUACAGCUUAACGGCCACGUAGGGUUCGACAGCAUGCCCGAUCAGUUGACACACAAAUCGGCUCAAAACGGAUUUGUUUUUAACAUACUCUGCAUUGGUGAAACGGGUCUGGGUAAAUCUACGCUCAUGGACUCGUUGUUCAAUACCAACUUUGAGUCCACUCCGUCUUCCCAUAAUUUGCCGAAUGUCAAGCUCAAGGCGCAUACGUACGAACUUCAGGAAAGCAACGUUCAACUAAAAUUAACCCUAGUCGAAACUGUCGGUUAUGGUGAUCAAAUAAAUAAGGAAGACAGCUUCAAGUCUAUUGUAGAUUAUAUUGAUGCUCAGUUUGAAUUUUAUUUACAAGAAGAAUUAAAAGUUAAACGUUUAUUGUCUACAUACCACGAUACACGAGUUCAUGCUUGUCUAUAUUUCAUCUGCCCCACCGGACAUGGUUUGAAGUCCAUCGAUUUGGUGUGUAUGAAGAAACUCGAUACAAAAGUAAAUGUCAUUCCAAUUAUUGCUAAGGCCGACACUAUAUCUAAAUCUGAGCUUCAGAAAUUUAAAACAAAAAUAAUAACUGAGUUACGAUCAAAUGGUGUUGAAAUCUAUCAAUUCCCGACUGACGACGAGUCUGUAUCUGAUGUAAAUUCAUCAAUGAAUUCCCAUAUACCUUUUGCCGUCGUCGGCAGCACAGAAUUUUCUAAGGUGGCAAACAAAAUGGUACGUGCCCGACAAUAUCCAUGGGGAACGGUUCAAGUCGAAAACGAAGCUCAUUGCGAUUUUGUUAAACUUCGAGAAAUGUUGAUUAGAACAAACAUGGAAGAUUUACGGGAAAAGACUCACGAAAAACACUACGAAUUAUAUCGAAAAAUGCGCCUAGAACAGAUGGGAUUUAGUGAUGUAGACAAUGAAAAUAAACCAUUAAGCUUUCAAGAGUCUUUUGAAGCAAAACGUAGUCACCAUCUACAAGAACUCCAGAAUCGUGAAGAUGAGAUGAGACAAAUGUUUGUCGUAAGAGUUAAAGAAAAAGAGGCUGAAUUAAAAGAGGCUGAGAAAGAGUUGCACGCCAAAUUUGACAAAUUGAAACGGGACCAAGACGAACAAAAAAAGAAAUUGGAAGAUCAACGUCGAAAGUAUGAUGACGAGCUGAUGGAGUUCAACAAAAGAAAACAACAGUACAUGAACACGGGCCAUCACACGCUGACUUUAGGCAAAAACAAAAAGAAAUGAUGAACCGAGUGACCUCACUUUAUUUAUUUCAGGCUAAAAUCGUUGUAAAAAAAAAAAAAAAAAAAUGACGGUUAAAAUCCUUUUAUUUUUUCUAAUCGUUUGUACUAAUCCUAUUGUAAUUGUUUUUAUUUUUUUUUGUUUUUUGUUUAAUAUUUUUUUUUUUUGCUAUUUGCAAAUGCCGACAAAUUGCGUUAAACGAGUGCAUCGUUAAUCAAUAACUUUCAUGAAACCAUAAAACAAUACUCUAUGAUGUUAAGCAUGUAAUGUGAAAAUUGUGUUUGUUCUAGUGAUUUAAGAUUUUUGUAGAAAUGUUUUCUUAGGAUUAGAAUUAGCAAUAACAACACACACGAAAACAAAAUAAAAAUGAUCAAUAGACAACUAUAAAUCACAGAAGACAGGACAAAAGGUAUGAAACGCAAUAAAUAUCCUACUAAUACUUUUAAUUCAGUUUUAAGUUGUUAGCGAGCAGUUGUAUUUCACACACUAGUAAUUACUGUGCGUGGGGCACUAAUCGAACACCUACAUAAGUCAAUGGUUUCAGAGUUCCCUGAUUUUAGUGUGUUCUAAAUUGUGUGUUGAACACCUGCGAAAAAUAGAUAAAAAAUUCUCUAAUAAUACCUGAACUCUUGUGACAAUUUUUUUUCACGACUUCUUUCUGUUCUAAUAUGCAAUUCCGAAUCCCGAUCGGUUCAAUGUGAAUCAUUUAGUGCCAAAAACGUUUUUUUUCUUUCCUUUUUUACAUUCCGCUCAAUAGACUGUUAACGAUAUAUUGUCUUCCCAAUAACCGUACGAUGAUCUGAUAAGUGAACGGCUAGUCGUCCAAGUAAGUGUUUAGCUUUAUUCCAGUAGGUAUCGAUUUUUUACUUUUGUUGUCUACUCGUUUCGACAGUCCCAAUAGAUUAAGGUGUUAACAUUUUAAAACGACGUUCACAUUCGUUUUGUAAUCUGAAUUUUUAAGUAAAUAUAUGCAGGUACUUAAUAGCUUUAUGAUGUAAUGACCAUUGGUCGAUGACGAUUGAUUAUUGAAUAACAACGGCACAGUUUGUUGUUUGUAACAAUUUGUGUGAAAAACUAUAACAAUGUAUUUUUGGUUAAACUACUGUGAAAUUAACCUCGUUUUGUACCGACCAAACACUAUCGGUGUUUAAAACUAUUUUUUUUUUUUUUUUUAGUAUUUUAAUAUUAUUACAUACUCUAUAUUUGCCAUCGUAGUUCGUAAAUAUAUAUAUU